GCUGGAGAGGCGGCGAGCGGGCGCGCGGGGCGCCGGAGCGGAGCGGGCACCCGGCGACCGCGGCUGUCAGCGCGCUCCGAGCAUCCCGGGCUCCCGCGUAGACGCGCCCGGCCCCGCGGCGGCCGCGGGUGCAGCCCCAGCCCCAGCCCCAGCCGCAGCCCCAGCCGCAGCCCCGGCCCCGGCCCCCGCCCCGGCGCGGCGCGCGUGGAGCCUCACGCCCCGGGCGAGCGUUCGUCACUUAGCACAAAGCACGUUUCCAAAAAGCGGCGCACGGGAGAGCUCCCGCGCACCCCCACCCCCUUCCCCUUUGUUUCGGGGGUCGGCAGGCCGCGCUCCUCCCCACGCCGGACUUCUUCGCGGGGGGGCGCAGGGCCGCCGAGUGCAGGCUGUGAAGAUGCCCUUGGAGCUGACGCAGAGCCGGGUGCAGAAGAUCUGGAUCCCCGUCGACCACCGCCCCUCGCUGCCCAGAUCCUGUGGGCCGAAGCUGACCAACUCCCCCACCGUGAUCGUCAUGGUGGGCCUCCCAGCCCGGGGUAAGACGUACAUCUCGAAGAAGCUGACUCGCUACCUCAACUGGAUUGGCGUCCCCACGAAAGUGUUCAACGUUGGGGAGUACCGCCGGGAGGCCGUGAAGCAGUACAGCUCCUACAGCUUCUUCCGCCCCGACAAUGAGGAAGCCAUGAAAGUCCGCAAGCAGUGUGCUCUAGCUGCCUUGAGAGACGUCAAAAGUUACCUGACGAAGGAAGGGGGCCAAAUUGCAGUUUUCGAUGCCACCAAUACUACCAGAGAGAGGAGACACAUGAUCCUUCAUUUUGCCAAAGAAAAUGAUUUCAAGGUGUUUUUCAUUGAGUCUGUGUGCGAUGACCCUAUGGUUGUGGCCUCGAACAUCAUGGAAGUCAAAAUCUCCAGCCCGGAUUACAAAGAUUGCAAUUCAGCAGAAGCUAUGGACGACUUCAUGAAGAGAAUCAGUUGCUAUGAAGCCAGCUACCAGCCCCUCGACCCCGACAAAUGUGACAGGGACCUCUCCUUGAUCAAGGUGAUCGACGUGGGCCGGCGGUUCCUAGUGAACAGAGUUCAGGACCACAUUCAGAGCCGCAUCGUGUACUACCUGAUGAACAUCCACGUGCAGCCCCGGACCAUCUACCUGUGUCGGCACGGGGAAAGCGAGCACAACCUCCAGGGGAAGAUCGGAGGGGACUCGGGUCUGUCCAGCAGAGGCAGGAAGUUUGCGAACGCCCUGAGCAAAUUCGUGGAGGAGCAGAACCUGAAGGACCUCAAGGUGUGGACCAGCCAGCUGAAAAGCACCAUCCAGACGGCAGAGGCCCUUCGUCUCCCCUACGAACAGUGGAAGGCACUCAACGAGAUUGAUGCUGGCGUCUGCGAGGAGAUGACCUACGAGGAGAUCAGGGCCACCUACCCCGAGGAGUACGCGCUGCGGGAGCAGGACAAGUACUACUACCGCUACCCCACUGGGGAGUCCUACCAGGACCUUGUCCAGCGCCUGGAGCCGGUGAUCAUGGAGCUGGAGCGCCAGGAGAAUGUGCUGGUCAUCUGCCAUCAGGCUGUCCUGCGUUGCCUCUUGGCCUACUUCCUGGACAAGAGUGCAGAGGAGAUGCCUUAUCUGAAAUGCCCCCUUCACACGGUCCUCAAGCUGACCCCUGUCGCUUACGGCUGCCGCGUAGAGUCCAUCUACCUGAAUGUGGAGUCCGUGAGCACGCACCGGGAGAGGUCAGAGGAUGCAAAGAAGGCACCUAACCCGCUCAUGAGACGCAAUAGUGUCACCCCACUAGCCAGCCCCGAGCCCACCAAAAAGCCUCGCAUCAACAGCUUUGAGGAGCAUGUGGCUUCCACCUCCGCUGCCCUGCCCAACUGCCUGCCCCCGGAGGUGCCCACGCAGCUGCCCGGACAACCUUUGCUAGGGAAAGCCUGUUUAACCUGAAAGGCACCCAGAGCGGCAUCGACGCCAGGACCCACUGAGGCAACCCCGUCGGUUUCCAUGCCAGUUCCAUUCCUACCGCUUAGUUAGUGCUUUUCCAUCUACCCGAGGCCAGCGAUCCCAAGGACUGCUUCCAGCCCGGGGUGGGUGGUGUGGAAGCAGGGCCCGCCGGCCGCAGAGAACCGUGCCCCCCACCCGCCAGCGGCGGGGCGGCCCAGACCCCAGGAGGCCUCUCCUCGUGUGCUCACAUGCGUGGAAUCCGUGCUGUGGCCACCCCCGCCCCGCGCUCUCCUUGGCCUCGCGGACCCUCCACGGGGCUUGGGAAGGACAAUGAGCCAUGGAAGAAGUGGGACGAGCCCCUCCCCAGGAGGGGACGUUGGCCUCCAUGCUGUUUCGUUUUGUUGUAGUUUCUAUGAUCCUGACCUGGUAUGUCCCCAGCUUGGGGAGGUGACGCUGGCCCCACAAUCCUAAAAUUCAAGGCAGCCUAGAUCCCAGGUGCUGAAGAUGAUGGGAUGGUGAACACUUUCACAGGGCUCUUCUGUGCCUCGGGGCCCGGAACGCUGCCCUGCGAAGGAAGGGUGCGGACGGGUGCGGGGCGGGGGCCGCAGGUGGAGAGGGGGGCGGUGAUCCAGAUGCGCUUGUGCCAUCAGCAGCCCCCUGCCGCGGGUCCCCACGCCCCGCCUCUGUUCUGCCCCUGGAGAUGCUGACGGACAGUCUGGCCGUUUAGACAAGAGGAAAUAAUCUUUCCGGCAUAGCCCUGGGGCUGCCAUCCUGCAAGAACCGAGGCACCUGUGAGGCGGCUCCCCGGGGGCUGCUUGCUUUUGCACUUUCUAAGUGGCGGAGCACGAGGCCAGAGAGAUGCACCUUCUCUGGAGGACCUUGGGUGAUGUCUGGGUUUGGUGCCCCGGGAGGCCAGAGCUCCGUGGGGAGUGGGGCAUGCUGCCCACGCGAUGGGGAGCUCUGGGGGACCCCAGUCCACCAGCCCGGGAGCACACUGUUCAGAUCAUUGCAAGGCUGACCCAGCAUGUGGAGCAGAGGUGAUCAGGGGUCCGGCCUCCUUCCUUCCGGGAUGUUUGUCGCCUCCCUGUGUUUCCCGGGAGGGGACAGUGGCCCAGCCCAGGCCUCAGCUGUGGCCACUUCCAGGAGGCUGGCUGUGGUCUCCUGGUGGGACUGAGCUCAAUCCUGCGUAUUUUUGUGGAGCAUCUGCUGUACACCUGGCACGCUGCCGGGUUGCUCAGAAUUCCGAAGAAGAGAAUGUCCUCGCUUGCCUUUGUGGCUCCUGUGGCAUCUUUGGGGGGGUGGUUCAAAGCAGGGCUUGUGGGACAUACGGUUCUGAAGACCUGUAGUGUCUGCCUGCUGGUUUCUCCUUGCUGCCUCCGUGGACUGGGGACGAGGAGGUGUCUUGAGGCCCAGAAGAAAGGAUUUGGAGACUCUGGUAGAAUUUGUCCAAAUGACCCUUUGAAGGAUCUCUAAAAGCUGGUGCCAAAGGUCACUUCCCUUGCUCGCCCUCUGCUUUCGAGCCUGACAGCCUCGCCCCUCCUAGGUCUCAAGGCAGGUGCUGGGAGCGGGGUCGCUGGGGCUUGGACAUCCAGAGUGGGAACCGGACGAUGCGCGUUUCCCUGCUUGGGGUUCGGUGGGAACCUGGGGUGUGCUUCAGAUACCAUAGAGUCCCAUCCGUGGGGUUCACACCGAGCCAUUCAGAUCCUCCCCCCAUUCUUCCCCCGUGGGGCACUUUGCCCAAGAGGAUGUCCGUGUAUCCCAGUUCCUGUGCAACCGAAGAUGGGUUGAUUUCCCUUUCCUACCAUCCUGAGUCCCGUCAGACGGCAAGUGUGUGUGUGCACCAGCACGUGCUUGUAGGUUGGUCGUAGUUUUUGACAGAAGGGCCUGCGGCUCUGCUCUUGAGAAUGGCCUUCUCCUUUUCACGCUGGCUGCCGGAGCCGACUCGGAGUCUUGACCCUUCCCAGCUAUCCAGGUGGGGCCCUGUGCAGGUGCAUCCCCCCUGCCUGACUGCUGAGGUCGGUCCCUACGGAAGCAAACAUCCUGAACAGCCGGCUGUAAAGGCCCAGGUGGGGCGAGAGAACAAACACGGACGAGGAGAGAGACCUCUGAGAGAACAGAAUGCUGUCCAGAUGAAAGCCGUGAUCGGACUUGAGGCGCUGGACGGAGGGAGUGUUUGAGCUGCAGUCACGGGGCACCUGCUGCUCUGGACUCUUGCCUCUCACCCUGCCCCCCACUCCACCCCCUGAAAAAUAUCCGGGACCAAUUUUGUUAACUUAGCAUAAGUUUGUUUUUGGGUGGGUUUACCCCUGCCCGUAAUUCUGUCCUGAGACCACGGGCGAAGCUCAUCACUUGCGGGGAGAAGAGACACAACCACACCAAUGAUGUUUUCGUUUGUAAUACUUGAAAUUUAUUUUUUUAUUAUUUUGAUAGCAGAUGUGCUAUUUAUUUAUUUAAUAUGUAUAAGGGAGCCUGAAAAUAGAAAGCUGUAUAGAUUGGGUUUAGUUGUUCGUUGGUUGGUUUGGGGGCCUUUUACGUGUGACUUAAGACUUCUCUGUGUUCUGUAUGUUGUCUGAAUUAAUGACCUGGGAUGAGGCUGUGCCAGCUUUCAAACAGGGGAUGCUUUUCAGAAAUUUGUAUAUUUUGCAAUUGCCGAAACAAUAAAAUACCUGGUUGAAAUAAGCGGA